GGAUGGAUUUUAUAAUUUAACCUCAACUCAACUCAACUCAAUGAGACGAAUUAUUUUAUGCAUGGUAUGUCGUAAGUUGCUUGAAACCGGUACCUAAACAAAAAGUUUGUUUAUUUAAGUAAGAAGCAGUGUGUUACAGAGUAUGCAACUAUCAAAAUUACCUACCACUGUGAAAAUUGGAAUUGGUUUGUAGCUAUAACUGGAGGACUCUACGGAUUUUACCUGUCUAAGCAACAAAUAGACAAAACAAGAUAUGAAAGUAUGAAAAUUAGAGAGAAGUUGAGGUUAGCAAAUCAAGCAGAUUAUAUACCUGAGAGGAAUUUUAAAUUACCUGAAGUUCCUGAGCUGAAGAAGAAAGAAUAGAUUUGGAGGAAGCAUUUUAAUAUACGAGGGAAAUAACAUUGCCACAAUGUCAAUGCAACAAGCAGAGUUGGCGAGUCUACAGCUGGUCCAAGAGUUGGAGUUGGAGAUGAUGGCAGAUAUGUACAACCGGAUGACAGCUGCAUGUCAUAAGAAGUGCAUCCCUCCUCAGUACCGGGAGGGUGAACUCGCCAAGGGUGAAGCAGUGUGUAUAGACCGCUGUGUGGCCAAGUACAUGGACGUCCAUGAACGUGUCGGCAAGAAACUUACCGAGCUCUCUAUGAAGGAUGCAGACUUUAUGCAGCGAAUGCAAGGACAACAAAAGUCAUAAUUGUUAUCUCGUAUAGUUGUAUAGUGUAGUGUAGCUCUCGUUUAGGGUGAUGUCGGCUUUUAGAUUGGCAAAAGAUGUCUUCUUCCAGGUAUGUUUUUCUUUUUUUACAUUAAUGAUUCAAAGGCGCAAUAACUCUGAGCUCAAAGACGGUUAUUUUGUUAUGUGUUGUGUAUUGUUUGAGAUCCUACUGAAUGAGGCACACGUUGUUAAAUAAAGUAUGAUUAAUUGAGGCAA